AUGAAGGUUGAAGAAAUUAUCAUUGAUGGCUUCAAGUCAUAUGCCACCCGUACGGUAAUUUCGGGUUGGGAUGCAUCCUUCAAUUGUAUCACUGGUUUAAAUGGUUCAGGUAAAUCUAAUAUACUGGAUGCCAUCUGCUUUGUCCUUGGUAUUACCACCAUGACAACAGUGAGAGCUCAGAAUCUACAGGACUUGAUCUACAAACGUGGUCAAGCUGGUGUGACCAGAGCAAGUGUGACUAUUCUAUUUGACAACUCAGAUAAAUCGAACUCACCUCUUGGCUUUGAAGAUCAGGCCCAGUUCAGUGUUACGCGACAGAUUGUAUUAGGAGGAACCAGCAAGUUUUUGAUCAAUGGUCAUAGAGCUCAACAACAAAGUGUUCAACAAUUGUUUCAAUCAGUUCAGCUUAAUAUCAACAACCCAAAUUUCUUGAUCAUGCAAGGUCAGAUUACCAAGGUCCUCAACAUGAAACCCGCCGAGAUUUUAGCACUUAUUGAAGAAGCUGCUGGUACUAGGAUGUUCGAAGAUAGGCGUGAAAAGGCUAUAAAGACAAUGACAAAGAAAGAGAAAAAGGUCGAGGAAAUCUUAAAUUUGCUACAUGACGAAAUCGAGCCAAAACUUGAAAACCUUCGAAACGAGAAGAGAACAUUUAUUGAAUACCAACAGACGCUUUCCAGUCUCGAGAGAAUUGAGAAAAUGGUGGUUGCACAUGAUUAUUUAAAGGGAUCAGAAAAACUACUUGCUCACAGUCAGGCUUUAGAGGAGAGAAAAGAGCUUUUGGGAAACAUCUCGGCUUCAGUCGAUAAACUCAAUUCCGAAAUUCAAAACCUCGAAGAGGAACUCAAAAGGCUCAGAAAGACGAAAGAGGAUCAAAUCUCUAAAGGUGGAAAGUUUCAAGCUUUAGAAAAGCAAUAUAAGGGAGCUUGCCAAGAGGUUGCUCGAAUUAGAACUCUCCUUGAGCUUAAAGAUUCUACUUUGAAAGAAGAAAACGAGAAAAGGGACGAACUGAAGAGUACACUUGCUGAGCACGAAUCAAGAUUGAAAAAGCAAUCUUCUCAAUACUCUACCAUUGAGAAAGAGUACGAGACUGUUAAAGCCAAACAUGUGAGGGACAAUGAAGAGAUUUCUCGAAACGAGGAACUUCUGCAAUCACUUCAAACCGGUGUAUCAUCUAAAGCAGGCCAAGAGACAGGUUAUGCCAGUCAGCUGCAAGAGGUUCGUACGAUUGUUAACAACGCCAAGACUACAGCUGCUCAAGCUAAAGUUAAACAAGAGCAUGUGGAGAAGUUGAUCAAGGAAGAUUCUGCUAAAGUUACUAAAGCUCAGAAGCAAAAUCAAGAAAUGCUAAACACUCUUGCUGGUGCUGAGGAAUAUUACAACUCGUUGAAAAGUAAGCUUUCCCAGGCUGGCUGGGACCCCGAAACUAUUAAGACCCUGAAGACUAAGGAAUAUGAACUUGGCGAACAAAUCCGAUCAUUGGAUGAUGAGAUUGAGUCAAUGAGACGCAAAACCUCAAACAUUGAUUUCCACUAUUCGAAACCAUCCCCUACAUUCCGUGCCUCUAGUGUUCGUGGGUUAGUUGCUCAAUUGUUUUCGCUUGACAAAUCAAAAUACCCUCAAGCAACAGCUAUUGAAGUUUGUGCAGGUGGAAGACUUUUUAAUGUGGUUGUUGAUAAUGACGUGACUGCAGCCCAACUCCUGCAAAAUGGUAAAUUAAAGAGACGGGUUACCAUCAUUCCACUGAAUAAAAUAUCCUCCUCUAGAUUAUCGGAAGAGAGACUUUCCAAUGCCAAGAAGCUUGCUCCUGGUAAAGUGGAUCUAGCCCUGAAUAUCGUUGGCUAUGAAGCUGAUGUUUUUGCUGCUAUGGAAUACGUUUUUGGUUCGACUUUAAUCUGCAAGGAUACUGCAACAGCCCAAUUAGUUACUUUUGAUCCGAAGGUAAGGGCCAAGUCCGUCACCUUGGAUGGUGAUAUAUAUGAUCCAAUGGGCACACUAUCAGGUGGAAGCAAGAGCAAUUCUAGUGGCCUGUUGAUCUCUCUUCAGCAGUAUAAUGAGCUGUCUCGGCUGUUGAAAGAGAAGAAUGAAGAUUUGGCGAAUGUCAAGGAGGAGAUUGCAAGGGAAAACAAACUCAUGGCUCAAUUCAAAGAUAUCAAAAAAGAGUUGGAUUUGAAAGAACACGAGAUUACUCUAUAUAAGCAACAACUUGAAUCUAGUCCCAGUGCAUUGGUUUUGGCGAAGCAUGAGGAAAGGGUCAAAGAAUUAGAGGAACUGAGUCUACAAAUCAGUGAUGCCAAUAAGCAGUUUGAGGAAGGUGGUAUUGAGCUAAGUCGAAUUGAGAAGGAUAUGAAUGAAUUCAAGCAAAACAAAGGUUCUAAGCUCGGUCAACUGAAGGCAAAGGUCGAGAAGCUUCGAGCCUCAUAUACCCAGAGUGAACAGGUGGUCAAGCAGAAACUUGAGGUAUUUCAGACAGCACAGGUUGAAAUAGAGCAGCUGACAGACGAUGUGUCGACAAUGAAAGAACAGCUAGAGGACAAGACGAAUUCAAUCCAAGAUCUAGCUGCCUCUAUCGAGUCUAUCAACGCUCAACUAAAACGGGCUGCACAAACAGAAUCAACAUAUCUUCAACAACUUGAAGCUGAAAAGAGCGCGUUAACAGGCAUGGAUGAUGAGCUCAAUACAAUGGAGGAAAUUCGCGAUAAAAAGCGCAAACUGGUUACAGAACAAGGACUUGAAUCACAGAAACUGCGCCAUGAGAUUGAAAACCUCUCUAAAGAGCACGAGUCACUUCAACAUGCAAUCAGUGGAUUGGAUCAGAAGUAUGAAUGGAUUCAGGAUCAAAAGCAGCAUUUUGGUAAGAUUGGCACACCUUAUGAUUUCUCGCAUGCAAAUGUGGACCAGAGUCGCAAGCAGCUGCGACAGCUUCAGGAAAGAAUCAACGGCAUGAAAAAGACUGUCAAUUCAAAGGUCAUGAAUAUGAUUGAAAGUGUUGAGAAAAAGGAAGAGUCUCUCAAGUCAAUGAUUCAGACAAUUGAAAAAGAUAAAAAGAAGAUCGAAGAUACCAUUGUUUCACUUGACAACUACAAGAGAGAAGCUCUGAUAAAGACAUGGGAAAAAGUCUCAGUGUAA